AAAACACCCAAAUUUCACUCCAACUCCGGAACCUCGCAUCACCACACACCCAAGGAAACGGCCACCGCACACAGUCGCCAAAAUGGUCAACAUUCCCAAGACCCGCAACACCUACUGCAAGGGCAAGGAGUGCCGCAAGCACACCCAGCACAAGGUCACCCAGUACAAGGCCGGCAAGGCUUCCCUCUUCGCCCAGGGUAAGCGCCGUUACGACCGCAAGCAGAGCGGUUACGGUGGUCAGACCAAGCCCGUCUUCCACAAGAAGGCCAAGACCACCAAGAAGGUUGUGCUGCGUCUUGAGUGCGUCAAGUGCAAGACCAAGUGCCAGCUUGCGCUGAAGCGCUGCAAGCACUUUGAGCUCGGUGGUGACAAGAAGACAAAGGGUGCGGCUCUGGUGUUCUAAACGAAACGUAUCGGCGGAAAUCAAAGAAAGUUUGGGGGUCUCUCUGCGCUUUUGCGUGCUUUCUCCUUGCAAGGCAUAUGGGCAUCAUGGAUCUAUUGGCGAAGGGGGGGCACAAUCCUCGGUUGAGGAUCGGUUCAUAGGGAUGAAUAAAGCACGAUAUCCCUCUUACCACCAUGUCGGCGCACGCUUCUGUCUGGCGUAUCCUGCGGCUGCGGCGACACAGCCCUCCAUGCACGAAGGACACGCGUUUAUGAUCAGCUG